AUGGCGGUAUCGUUCUCGAAUCCCCUGCCUAUUCUGCAAGGCUGGGACGAGGGCAGCGCGAGCUUUAACACGACCUCCCACGGCACCGAUGGCGAGGCGAAUAGACUGGCAUUUCCGUUCCUUUACGCGGACAUAGACCAGCCUCCGGUCCUGACCUCUUCCGCGGAGAGCCUCCGGACCAAGGCCCUCGAGGCCAUCCGGCACCAUUACCAAUGGGAGCACGACUUCAACCCACUCUGCGCCCUCAAGCUCGCCAACAACUGGAGCGAUGCUUGGUCGGCCACCGAUCUCGAUUCCCCGUUCCUCUUCCUGGCGGCGUACUCGCCCAAAGUCGUCAUAGGGUUCUACGCCCUCCUCAGGGACCUGACGCUACUAAAGGAUGCGGACGAGGGCUUUCCUCGAUGGGAAUCAUACAAUGGGUUUUACGGCUCCCAUUACGCGGCAGUGCUGCUCGAGAAGAUGGUGCUGAUCAGGUUUCCCAAUAACGGAAAAUGGAUGACCACGUUUCGUUCCUGGAACGGAGAAAAGGAUCCAACACGGUUGCAAUGCAUGUUGGACGGUUUCCGCACUCGUCUCGAUAAGGCGGAAAGACGAUGGGCGUCUUUGAAAGAAAUGUUGGGAGCGCUCGAAAAGGAAGUCCACCUCCAGUACAUGGGACGGCUACGGCACAGCCUAGAGGCGACAUUCAAUUUCUUCCGCGAUGAAGUCCAGGAGUGCAACGACACGAUAGCAAGGUUGGAGAUGGAAGAAGCGAAAAAGCUGUCGCUCGUAUCCGAGAAGGACACUUUCAACAACCCUUCCGUGUCGUCAGCCAUUGACUCCGCCUCGAUGAACCCGAACGAACGGUCACAGGCCGCCCAGGGACUCCCUUCCAGCCGCCGGAAGCUCCGCAAGAGGCCCCCGACGGCCCCAUACCGCCGCGGCGGAAGUCGAAGGAGACCAGGAGCCGCCACUGAGGAACCCAAGCUCUGGCGCAGCCUCGGUCUUUCGCUCGUCACGGGGCUCGUGGUCAUAUCACUCCCGUUCAUAGUGAUCGCGACGCUACUGUGCGAGGCCGCCGACACGGUCCCGAUGUACGACAGCAACUUCUACUCGACCCUGAGCCAGCAGCUCCUGGGCUUCGGGGGCCUCUACGCCAUCAUGAAGCCCAAGCUGGUGCAGUGGCUCACCGACUUUGGCUUGCUCACUUACGAAGGAGACCCGCCCGGAGGCAUAAAGACGAACUGGCCUGUCAUCUUCAACUGUCUGGUCGGGACAGCGUUCCUCACUCUGUUGGCAAGCUCCCCCAUCUACCCGUAUUAUCCCCAAUCCAGUAUCCCGCUCGGGGCCGUGGCGGCCAUCUGCGCAAACCUCGCAACGCUGCUCAUCAUUGAGGACACUGGGAAUCAGAUAGUACAGCAAAGCGAGAUGAUCGAAGGACUAGAAGGUGAGCUAGAGGGCUACCGUAGAAGGGGUUGA